AUGCAACCAGAUUUGACGCGCCUGACUCUGGGAACUGGCGGUGCUCAGUCUGCUGCCAUGUCUGCGUACGGCGAUGGUGCGUCACGGUCAUCGCAAUAUACGCCGCGACAGAUGAGAGUCACGGACAUCACACGAGAGUUUUCGGAUGCUUCUGCAGGACGUGUGGGACAAUUGGUCAAGGAUGACUUCUUUACGCUUUUCGAGGCUGUUGGAGCACUAGAGAUGGAUAGUGGUUUGUUAAUUCCCGACAAGGAUGCUGCAGUGGACAAUUUCGACCCUCUGCAAGACAUGCUGCCCGAGGAAAUCAUUGAUGCANNGAUGGCCUGGCACCAAGGAUACGCACUUUCGCAGACACUGUUUACUUCUUUGCACAUGUACUCUCUGCUGACACCUUACUACCGACCUCUCAACGCUGUUGUCUUUAACACAAAGAGAUCAAGUCCUGAGAACCCGGACCUGCUAAUCAGCAAUGUGCUUCGAGCAUUCUGCCUCGGCAUCAUCAAAUCUUGCGAUGCAGUAAUACAGGAGAUCACUUCCGAGCACUAUUACGAAGAAGAAGACUUUGUCACUCAGACGUUCACGCAAUACAUGUUGAAUGAUGUCAACCAUGAAGAUGUCGUUGCAGAAUUACGCGGCGCUUUGGACAUUCUCAGCGCACAGGGCUUGUCUGCAGAUGUCAACGAGGCAGUUCAGCAGCGUCUGCAGUUGCGGAUUCACUUGCUCGAAGCUCUGGAGCCAUUGAGUCUUGUUGAGGUAGUUGACAAGACUGAGGUGUGGAAAGCAGUUCUCGACUCUGUCGAUUCAGUCAACGAGACGGCAAAGUUGGGUAAAGCAAGACCUGAAUUCUUCUCAGAGAGAGUGCAAAGGCAUCUGGCUAGCAACACACCUCCGACACCCAUGAUCAAGACGAGUUGGGAAGAGGCAUGUCCUCGCUUCAAAAGACUGGCCGAAGACAACAUUGAAGCUCAUCGAUUCGCAAGCAUCGAAACCCCAAGUCCCUUGAAUGUAACUACUGACAAGAAUCUUCUAAACCGCAGNCGCUUCGCAUGGGACUUUUCCAACCGCACUCCUCAGCCGUCUACCUACUCGCGAGCCAUAAUGCAAGGCUUGCUCUUCAAAGGGCAGAAACUGCUUUCUCAUAAUACACCUCACCUCUCUUUGCUGCUCGAAGACAUUCGCAGUCUCUCCAUGGCAGGCGACCCCCUUUUAUCGCCCGCAAAUUGGGAAGUCGAGUUGCCCACAGAUGCGCGAUACCUAUCCUCCCGCAUCAUUGACGAAUUCAUGGCAAAAGCAAUGGACGAGUACAUCAACAUCCCCCGCAUGAUACUCCAGAACCGGUGCCGCAUGCGAAGAACCUUUUGCCAAAGCGUAGGUGUACUCGAUGGCCUGCAAGCAGAAGCCGAGAAUGCAGAUGCAGAACUACACUCCCUAUUCCCUACCCCAGCAUCUUCACUGGAAAGGUUCUAUCCUCUGGCCGCCUGGGCGUACUUCCACAAGCUCAGGGUCAUGGAGUGGAGUCUGCAGCUAGGGUUCGAGCUUGAUGUAUACCAAGCCGCCGAGUUUGGGUACAUGUAUCGCUUUUUGUCUUUUGUGGCUGCAACACGCGCAGAGCAUCUUCAACACAUUGACUUGUUUCUCCACUUGCGAGCCAGGAAAUACAAAAAGCAAGGGGAUCAUUUUAUGGCAGAGCAAGUUGCUACCUCUCAAGCUUCUAUCGCUUUCCACACCGCAAAAGCGACCACUAUUGCAGAAUUUGCGUCUGCGUUGUCGUCGGUGUAUGCCGUGCUUUCUUCUCUGAAGCUUCUUGAAUCACUGAAGGAAACAGAGGUAUACUCGACAGAUGCACGCAGACACGAGUUACGCAUGAAACCCUACCUCCCCAUCGGCACACCAACCCUCCCAUCUGCAGACGAGCUAUCCACUGCAACAAACCUUUCNCCCACAUCCUCCUUCACCGCCGUCUUCACCACCAUAUCUUCCCGUCUCACAGCCGCCAAAACCGCAUUAUCAGCUCUAAAAUCCGGGGAUGCGGAAACAGGCGGCUACAAAGGUUGCGAAAGCGCCUUUAAAAGGGAAAUCCAAGGCCUUCUCGGCAGUAUCGUUGCUACAGGUAUCGCAGUGGCGUUGCUGAAAAAGGUGGUCGAGGAGUGUGGGAUCAAGAGUGUGCAAGAUGUAGAGACAAAACAGGAGUUGCUGAAGAAAAAGGUCAAAAUCGAGGUGGUGGCCGAGAAGAGGUUUUCUGGGUUCUGGGCUGUGCCGAAGGUGGUUGGUGUUUAA